AUGAAACUGCUAGUAUCACUUGGCCUUUUGGCAGCCGCGGGGACAGCAAUAGUAUGUGUACCAGCCUUGUUCCGCUAUUUCAAGGGAAACAAAAGAAGAAAGAGUAGCAAAAAGGAAAGUAUUCAGACACCAGUUACUCCAGAACAAUUCGCGAGGGCGUACGCAACGUUCAUGGAAGAGCUCCUAAGUGAUGAGGAGUUUAGAAGGAAACUCGAAUUAUCCAUGAAAACUGAUCACCAAAUACCCGACUAUCCGUCAAUGGACACAAGAAUGAGGACUAAGGAUAAUAGCCAAAGAUCAAGGGACCCGGGCGCUAGACCCAGAGAACCAAACUACAUAUACAGUAGCUCUGGGUACAUGGAUCAAGACGGAAAUAUACGCUUUGACAAAACAAAAAGGUCGCUAGAAGUUCCAAUUCCAGAAAGUUUGGAGCAUGAACGUGAAGAAGAAUAUGCUCCAAGGGGCGAGUACUCCAAAGACGGAAACAGGAAUCUGGAUGAACUCGUCACUGAAGAGGUUCGCCGUCAUGAAGAUGAACGGAGCAACAGGGGGAAUACAACGGAAUGUGAGUCAGAUUUCGAGGAGGUAUCCUCCGUUUGCACAACUCUUCGAGGAAUUGGAGAUGAAUUUGGUCGUCACUAG